AAUCGUUGUUCUUUACCGCCUUUACACAGCAUCUAUGCCUUAUACUGGCUUGCAGUUAUAUGUAAUUUCGUCAGUAGUUUGUUUUCUUUAUCAUAAAAAAUGGUUUUACUUGCGGGAUAAGUGAACUCAAGGUUACACAAACAUAUAUUUAGUGAAUAAUUAUAAACUUAAAUAAUAAUUGUGAUGCUGAAAUAUUGGUUGUUGCAAUAAUUAUUCUCUGAUUCUCGAGAAGACUCUUAGGACGCUUAGGAUACUUUUUACCGGGAAAAUCUCUGUUGUAAGCAACUAUAACUUAUUUACUUUCUGUUAUAUACUAUAAAAGAGUGAUAAAAAACAUUGCCAAGAUGAGUGAUAAAAAGACAAUCGAAGGUAUUUACCAAAAGAAGUCACAGUUGGAGCACAUUCUGCUCCGACCAGAUACUUACAUUGGUUCUGUUGAACCUGUAACGGAGCAAAUGUGGAUUUACGAUAAGGAAAAGGAGAUGAUGAUUCAAAAGGAAAUAAAAUAUGUACCUGGUCUCUACAAAAUCUUUGAUGAAAUUCUAGUUAAUGCUGCUGACAAUAAACAAAGAGAUCCCAAAAUGGACAUGAUUAAGAUAGAUAUUGAUUCUGAAAAUAAUACAAUAUCAGUUUGGAAUAAUGGUAAAGGUAUUCCAGUUGUUAUUCACAAGGAAGAAAAUAUGUAUGUUCCUACAAUGAUCUUUGGUCAUCUUUUAACUUCAUCCAACUACGACGAUGAUGAAGAAAAAGUCACUGGUGGAAGAAAUGGUUAUGGAGCUAAACUUUGUAAUAUCUUCAGUCAUAGAUUUACUGUUGAAACAGCUUCGAAAGAAUACAAACGUUGUUUAAAACAAACUUGGGGCAAUAAUAUGGGAAAAGCAAGUGAACCAAGAAUUAAAGAUUUUAAUGGUGAAGAUUUUACUAAAGUAACAUUUUCUCCAGAUUUGUCAAAAUUCAAAAUGGAAAAACUAGAUGAUGAUAUCGUUGCUCUUAUGUCUCGUCGUGCUUAUGAUGUAGCAGCAUCAGCACGAGGAGUAAAAGUUUUUCUAAAUGGUAGCAGAGUUCCUGUUAAAACUUUCAAAGACUAUGUUGAUCUAUAUAUCAGAGGAAAAGAAGAUGACGCUGGAAAUCCACUAAAAGUAGCUUAUGAAAGUUGUGGACCACGUUGGGAAAUUGCUGUAACUCUUUCAGAUAAAGGAUUCCAACAAAUGUCAUUUGUGAAUAGUAUUGCUACCACUAAAGGAGGCCGUCAUGUAGAUCAUGUUACAGAUUUACUCGUAAAAAAUCUUACUGAGUUAUUAAAAAAGAAAAAUAAAGGUGGUGUUACCAUCAAACCAUUCCAAAUCAAAAAUCACAUGUGGGUUUUUAUUAAUUGUUUAAUCAACAAUCCUACAUUUGAUUCUCAAACUAAAGAGCACAUGACUCUCCAACAAAAAUCUUUUGGUUCUAAAUGUACAAUAAGUGAAAAAUUUAUUAGUACAGUUACUAAAAUUGGUAUUGUCGAGUCUGUGUUAACUUGGGCCAAGUUCAAAGCUGAUACUCAACUCCAAAAACUUGGACCAAAAUCGAAACAACGUAAAUUACAAGGAAUCCCCAAGCUAGAAGAUGCUAAUGAUGCUGGUACUGGUAAAUCAAUGGACUGUACGUUAAUUUUAACCGAAGGAGAUUCUGCCAAAACUAUGGUAGUUUCAGGAUUGGGAAUAAUUGGUAGAGAUAAAUAUGGAGUCUUUCCUUUAAGAGGUAAACUUUUAAAUGUUCGUGAAGCAACUCAUAAACAAAUUUUAGAAAAUGCUGAGAUCAACAAUAUUAUUAAAAUACUUGGUCUUCAAUAUAAGAAAAAAUAUGAAACUCGAGAAGAUAUGAAAACAUUAAGAUAUGGUAAAGUAAUGAUAAUGACUGAUCAAGAUCAAGACGGUUCACAUAUCAAAGGAUUAUUAAUUAAUUUUAUUCACCAUAACUGGCCAUCUUUAUUACGUAUGGGCUUUGUUGAAGAAUUUAUCACACCUAUUGUGAAAGUAAAAAAAGGUUCCCAAUCAAUUUCAUUCUUUUCUUUACCAGAAUUUGAAGAAUGGAAAAGAGACACAGAAAAUUCACAUCUAUGGAAACCAAAGUACUACAAAGGUUUGGGUACUUCGACAUCAGCCGAAUGUAAAGAAUAUUUUCAAAAUAUGGCAAGACAUAGAAUUAAAUUUCGUUAUGAUGGAGAUCAAGAUGAUGAAAAUAUUAUUAUGGCAUUCAGUAAAAAAUGUGCAGAUCAACGUAAAGAAUGGCUAACUAAUUACAUGGAAGAAACAAAACGACGUAAAGAAGUUGGACUUGGAGAAAAAUUUUUAUAUCAAAAAGACACUCGUGCAGUAUCAUAUUCAGAUUUUAUCAACAGUGAAUUAGUUCUUUUCAGUAAUUAUGAUAAUGUCAGAUCAAUUCCCAGUAUGAUUGAUGGUUUUAAGCCUGGUCAGAGAAAAGUAAUCUAUACUUGUUUAAAAAGAAAUGACAAAAAUGAAGUAAAAGUAGCUCAAUUAGCAGGAUCUGUUGGUGAAAAAACAGCUUAUCAUCAUGGAGAAGUAUCUUUAAUGACCACAAUUAUAAAUUUGGCGCAAAAUUUCGUGGGAUCUAAUAACAUUAAUCUUUUACUGCCUAUUGGUCAGUUUGGAUCUCGAUUAAGUGGAGGAAAAGAUGCUGCAAGUCCUCGUUAUAUUUUCACUAUGCUCAAUCCCCUAACUAGGUUUAUUUUUCACAAGCAUGAUGAUGCUUUAUUAAGACACGAAUAUGAUGAUAAUAAGAAGAUUGAACCUGUUUUUUACGUUCCUAUUAUACCAAUGGUACUAGUAAAUGGAGCUGAUGGUAUUGGAACUGGUUGGAUGACAAAAAUUCCUAAUUAUAAUCCGCGAGAUAUCGUUGAAAAUCUUUAUAGAAUGAUGGAUGGUGGAGAGCCAAAACCUAUGAAGCCUUUCUACAAAAAUUUCAAGGGAACGAUCGAUCCUUGUGGUGAUUAUCGUUAUGUCAUUUCAGGUGAAAUAUCAAUCAUUGGACCAGAAAAAAUAGAAAUUACUGAAUUGCCAAUAGGAACUUGGACCCAAACUUAUAAAGAAACUGUCCUAGAACCUAUGCUCCAUGGAAGUGAUAAAACACCCGCAGUGAUUACAGAUUACAAAGAAUAUCAUACUGAUACAGAAGUUCGUUUUAUUGUUAGUAUUAAUCGAGAUAAAUUACAAGAAUUAGAACGUGAUGGCCUUCAUAAGGCUUUUAAACUGCAAACCACCAUGUCCACAACAUCAAUGUGUGCUUUUGAUGAUAAUCAAUGUUUGAGAAAAUAUGAUACUGUCAUGCAAAUUUUCCGAGAAUUUUACAAAGUCAGACUUUCAACUUAUGCCAAGAGAAGAGAUUAUCUAUUAGGAAUGCUUGAAGCAGAAGCUUCCAAAUUAUCUAAUCAGGCAAGAUUUAUCUGCGAAAAAUGUGAUGGUGAUCUUGUAGUUGAAAAUAAAAAGAAGAAGGAAAUGAUUAGUGAAUUAGUCAGGCGUAAAUAUGAUUCUGAUCCUGUCGUCAAUUGGAAACUUACACAAAAUCGAGAAGAAGUUUUGGAGGAAAUAGCUGAGGAGAAUGCGAAUGAAGAUUCAGCAUCAGUAGCUGCUAUUGAAAAAGAAAAUUACGAUUAUUUGUUGGGAAUGACUAUGUGGUCAUUAACAAAAGAAAAGAAAGAUGAAUUAUUGAAGCAAAGAGAUGAUAAAUUGACUGAACUUAGAAUAUUGAAAGAAAAAACUCCAAUGAAUUUAUGGAGAGAAGAUUUAGAUGCCUUAAUGGCAGAAAUGGAAAAACAAGAAGCUAAAGAAGCUAAGGAAGAAGGCAAAAAUGCAAAGACUUCUAAAAAACCACCAGCAAAAUUAUAUAAAGCUGAAGAAGUCCGUAAAAUUGAGCCUAUAAUAGAUAGUGAUUUGAAAAAACGUAUUGAAAAAGCAGAUAUUGUUUCAAAAGAUAAAAAAGAAGGUAUUAAAAAAGCACCAAGAGCCAAAAAAGAUUCUAAAUCAGAUAAGGAAGAAAAAGAUGAGUUUGAUGCAUUAGUAGAAUCAAAUGCUAAACCAUUAGAUGAACGUCUUGGUAAUUCUCCGGAGAGAAUAGAUAAAAAAGGAAAGAAAGGCAGUGGAAAACAAACAACUUUACCGUUUAAACCAAUAAAAAAAGAGAAAAAGAAAAGAAGUAAAGGUGGUAGUGAUUCUGAAGAUGAAGUGCCAGAUAUUGAUUUUGAUAGUUUAUCACCAGUUCCUCCUCCAGCGCGUGCACGUAGAGCUGCUGCAGCUAAAAAGAAAUACAAUUUGGAUAGCGAUGCAUCAGGAGAUGAUAAUAUCGUACCCUCUUCAGAUGAUGAGAAAAAGAGAAAAUCGUCAGAUAAAAAUACGUCACUUCAAAGUUCAGUUGAUAGUGAUUUUGAUUGUAUUAUGCCCGAAAAGAAAGCAAAUAAAGCUGGAUCACAUCCAGCAUUAAACAGUGAUGAUUCUGAUGAUGAAGAUUUUAAAAUGGAUAAAAAACCAGCACCUCGACCUACUUCUGAACAACUUUUCGAUUCUCUUAUAGCAAGUUCACCUAGUAAAUCUGAAAAAGCCGGUUGUAUUUCCUUAUCAUCUUCUGAUAUUUCUCCAAUUAAAUCUGACUCUCCAGCAAAAAAAUCACGAGCUCCAGGAAAGAAAAAGACCGAAAACGGAGGCGCUAAAGCAACUAAAAGGCGUGCAAAGAAAUCACAAUCAUCGGGUUCAGACUCUGAUGAUAUUUUUUCAAAGAAAACAGUCACGAGUAAGAAAAAAGCUAAAAAAUCGAAUACAUCGACAACUGAAGAAAGUCUAGUUGAAGAUACGCCACCUCCAAGAAAAACUGGUGGACGAGCAAGACAACCAAUUUCUUACGCUGAUUCUGAUGAAGAUUCAAAUUAAAUAUUAAAACAAGUAUACAAUAUAUUCAAUCACAAAACGUAAGAUAGUUAAUAAUAUAAUUAAUUAUAUUUCUCCUUCCUCAGUAUCAUUGAGAUUAUUAUAAAACAGUUAAAAAGUUUAUACGUAGAGUUGAAAAAUUUUGUAACAGAAAACGUUUUAUAAUAAGUUAAAUCAACCAUGACUGGAGGAAGUAUUUCUCAUAUGUACAGAAUAUUUUUAGAUCAUUUGUUAGACACAAUUAGUUUAAUUGAAUUGAUAAAUUUUGCUCUUAUAUAAUUAUAAUAAAUGAUACAUUUGCAUAUGUAAGCUACUGCACACCACCAACACAAAUUUUUAUUUUCUUAUGAUAUUCAACUCAUACUGAUUUUCGAUCAAUUGAAAUAAGACGAUAAAAUAACAAUAAUCAAUCAAUUUUUUAAUACUAUUGAAAAAAGAAAGAUAGGAAUUAUUUUUUCAUGACUUUAAAAAAGAAUUAAUAAGAAAUUAUUUUUACUUAC